GUGUUAUUGUAUAUAAUUUUGAUUGCAGGCUUGUCCAAGAGGUUAUCAGCCAGAAUACAACUCUAUAUGCAGUGAAUGUACCAGUAAUCCAACCUUGUAUGACUGGCUGUAUUUGGGUUUUAUGGCACUCUUGUCUUUGUUGCUGCACUUCUUCUUCAUUGACUACACAAACCAAAACAAAAAGUCUCUUGUGGUGUUACAUUUAUCUGCCCUUGCUGAAAGUGUGAUAGCAGCAUUACUCACUGUGUUACUGACUGAUCCAGUUGGUUCACUUAUGAUCCGGUCAUGUCCGGUAGAUCGGUUGGAGGAUUGGUACUCUAUGCUGUAUAAUCCAUCUCCUAAUUACACCACAACAUUCCACUGUACACAGGAAAUUGUGUACCCUCUGUAUACAAUAGUUAUGGUAUAUUAUGCUCUAUGCCUGCUGUUCAUGAUGGCAUUACGUCCACUAAUCAGCAUCAAGUUUGUUGAAAGUCUUGGUACAAAGUCAAUAUAUGCUGCCCUAUACUUUAUACCCAUCUUAAUAGUACUGCAGGCAGUGUUUGGGGGACUUCUCUAUUAUUCAUAUCCAUACAUCAUGAUAAUAUCGUCAUUAGUAACCAGUGCUAUACACAUGGCACAAGGCAUACAACAGGGAUUCACAGAUCUACUGGAGGAAAACUUCAAGAACAUGCGGAAUCUUACAAUAAUGAUUGGUCACUGGAUCCUGCAUUGUUACGGAAUUAUCUCCCUUACAGAACUAAAGCAACCAGACUUUCAUGUUCCACUACUGUUACUUGUCUUUUUCCCUGUCUUAUUCUAUGUGUGUACAACUAAAUUCACCAAUCCAGAUAACCUCGAUAAAACAGAAUGAUGUGAAACAGCUGAUUCAGCAUUGUUCAGAAAUGAUCUUAAAUAGACUUAGUUUGUGGGGAAACUAUACACUAUGUCAAACUUUAGAAAUCUGAGUGAUGUGAAAGACCUGAUUCAUCAGAAUUGAGAAUAAAAAAACUUUGUGUGACUAAAAACACAAGAAGCCCUUCCCUAGGCAUAGUGAAGAUUACUCAUUUGAACUGUAGAGAUCUCUUAUUAACACUAUGAUAUAUUUCUUUGGAAAUUCUGACCUCCGAUUCUGCUGAGCAGUGAAGGAUUUUUGAUGAAUUUAAAAUGGACAUGUUGACAGCUGAACUUUAAACAUCAAGAGACCAUGACAUGAUGAAUGCUGAUUAGGUUGACUGUGGUUUAUAUAAUUUAUAUUCUUUUUAAUUGUUACCAUGGUAAAGUGUAUGUUGACAUUGAUAUUUACAUAUUUAAAUAUAUGAGUAUGGUAAGAUUAUACUGUAUACAUGUUUAAAAAAUUGAAAUGUACAUGAAGAAUUUUGUACUUAUUUAUAGAGAUUGAGAGAGAAAAUUCAGGAUUAAUGAAAGACUUUAUAUAGAAUCUAGUCACUGAUUUCUUAUAUUAGCAAAUUUUGGAUGUAAUCUAUAGUUUGAUCAGUAUACAUUUAUUUAUUUUUAUAAAAAAAUAACCUGACAUGAAACUCAAAUGUCUCAGAAAUUUGUAUGUCUUGCAGUACAGGGCUUUUUUCUUCUUUAUUAGAGGCUUUUAAAGUGCUGCUUCCCAUCAGGAAAUUUCCUUAAAAUCCUGUAGUUUUCCCCUAAAAUUUAAUUACAUCACAGGUUUUAUUUUUCCUUCUAUAGAAGGGGCUGUUUCAGUGUGGCUUCCUCAAAGAAAAACUCUUUAAAAUCCUGUAGUUUUAUGCAGGUUGCUUCCCAAACCUGUGAGAAAAACCUACAUCAAGUUUUUUUCUUCCAUUUUUUGCAACCAUACUGUUAUUUCCCCACAAAUAUAAGAGAUGGGGCACUUAUUCAACUUGUGAAAAAGCCCUAAUACAAUGUACUUACUGCCAG